AUGAAGUUCUCUGCCACAACCCUCGCCGUGGCUGCUGCCCUCGGCGUCGCUGCCCACCCCAGCGGCUUCGCGCACAAGAAUAUUCACCGCCAACUUGACAAGCGCAUCGACUUCUACAUGAAUGCCAAGCCUGACGGAGCUGCUGUCAACAACAAGGCUGCCGUCGUCCCGUCUCCAGCUUCACCUACCGUUGCACCUCCCCCGCCUCCUCCAGCUACUACCAGCGCCGCCAAAUCUACCCCCUCGACCGGCUCUGGAUCUGGUGGCAAGAAGCAGUUCUGUGGUGGAGUUUCCAAGCGGGCUUCUAUCGCUGAUAUUGCCUACAAGGGCAAUGUUGGUGCCCCCAAUAACUAUGGCUGCAAUCUGAUGCUCGUCGACGACGCCAAAGACUAUGAAUACACUGCGACAAUCGAGAACAAGUCGGGCAAGGACCAGAAGUGCGCCGUCUGGCUCAAGAUUGGCAGGAACGGCGGAAUCAACGGCUUUUUCAAGGGCAAUCAGGUCAUGACCUUCGACCUCCCUGCCGGUGGUGAGAAGAUUCUGGCGGCCGAGCCCAACAGCCAGGGCGGUUUAGCUUGUGGUGUUGGCGAGGUCCCUACCAACGACAUUGGACUCUACACUGCCACCUGGUUCGAAUUUGACUACGCCAGCGAAAAGAACGGUGCCUGGUCUGGUGCCGAUGCCUCCUGCCUGACUGCUGCCGACAGCAACCGCCCCAUCCCUGCCCUCAGUGUUUGUGCUGAGGGUCAUAAGUGUUCUACUAUUAAGGAGGGCGGUGUUGGAGACAAUGCCUAUGUCAAGGGCACCAACGCUCUGGACGGAGUUGGUCUCAAUGUUAGUCCUGGACCCGUCAACUUCAAGGUCACUGUCAGUUAA